UUAGGCAGUAUAUGGUAAAAAUUAAGUAUUAAUAGCCGGUAAUAUUAUCCUUUCUUUGAAAUUUAAAGUGAAAAUACAUUUUGUAUGUUAUCAAAUUUAGUUACGAAAAUUGCAGAAAAGGAUUGCAGUUCUCCAAAUAUUAAUUCAAAUAGUGUACACUCUACACUAUUGUCUUUUUUCAAAUAAGUUUAUAAAAUGGAACAAGUGGAAAUACCAGAUCAAGAGCCAUCUCAGGAAAAGCGUAAGCGAAUGUCGUCUGCUUUAGAAAUUGAUUGCCCAGGCGAUUUGAGAGAAUGUCUUCGAAAUGCUUCUAAUGAUGGUUAUCAUUUUAUAAUUAUAAAUGCUGUACAUCCUAGAUAUUCUCGUGAUUUGCUCUCCAAAAAUGCUCCCCAUGUUAUUAGCAGAACUGAUAGAAUUUUAACUGGAACAGAUUGGAAUAGACUUAUUGUAGGAAAAUUAACCAGUAUUAAUGUUGAUAGUGAAACAAAUCAUGUUAGAAAUUACAGUAAAGCAAUUUUGAAUCAAGAGCUUGGUUUUGCUAGUCACUUGGGCUUACCAGCAGUUAUAAUAAGAUUACAUCAGAGAAAUAAUACAAAUUUAGCUGGCAUUUUAAUGGAAAAAUUGGCUGGUUCCAAUGUCAAUUUCCAGGUGUGGAUUCAGUUACCAAUGAUUCAUCCUACUUGUUUUUCACCUAUAUGUUCAAAAAGUGAAGAAGAAGACGUAUGGGAAUGGUGGAAUGAUUUAAGAACUUUAUGUCAUUAUGAUAAACGUUUAGGUUUAAUGUUGGAACUGCCUGAUUCACAACAUAUUCCAUCAGAAUUGGAAAUUAAACGUUGGAUGGGAGAACCAGUUAAAGUUUUACAAAUAAAAACUUCUUUAUUUUUAACUAAUCAUUACAAUCAACCAGUUUUAUCAAGGAAUCAUCAGGAGAUCAUUAGUAAAAUGUUGAAUUUAGAUGUACAGUAUGUGAUAAAGGGGCCCAAACUACAUGGUAAAACGUACAAACCUUAUUGUGCAUAUAUAAAUUACUUAGGAAAAAAACUUUUUAAAAACGAUGCCGUCACAGAAUUUGUACAGGGCUGUGAAGAUUUUCUUCAAAAUCCUCUUCAACCAUUAACAGAAAAUUUGGAAACAUUGGUUUAUGAAGUGUUUGAAAAAGAUCAAGUAAAAUAUGUAGAGUAUCAGAGGGCAAUACAGAAAGCAUUGGAAGAUUUGCCUCUUUCAAUUAUCAUUCCAGUAAUUAUGGUUGUGGGAGCAGGCAGAGGACCGCUUGUACAGGCUUGUUUAAAUGCAUCAUAUAUACUUCAACGGAAGGUUAAAAUUUAUGCUGUUGAGAAAAAUCCGUAUGCAAUAAAUACUCUUGAAGAUAGAGUACAAAAUGAGUGGCAUGGACAAGUUAUUUUAGUGAAAGAUGAUAUGAGGCGUUAUAAACCGCCAGAAGAAGCUGAUAUUUUAGUUUCGGAACUUUUAGGGUCAUUUGGAGACAACGAAUUAUCGCCAGAAUGUUUGGAUGGAGCUCAAAGAUUUUUGAAAAAAACUGGAAUAUCGAUUCCAGUUUCUUACACUUCUUAUUUGGCGCCACUGCAAAGUUCUAAAAUUUAUAACGAAAUUAAAAACAGUAAAACUGCUGAUAAGACGACAGAAUCUCUUUAUGAAACACCUUACAUAAUACAUUUAGUAAAUUACUAUCAAAUUGCUGUUUCACAGCCCUUGUUCAAAUUCGAACACCCCAAUUGGAAUGAAGUUAUUGAUAACGAUCGUUAUGGAAAAUUGCGAUUUCCUGUUUUGCAAAAUUGUGUCUUGACUGGUUUUGCUGGGUAUUUUGAAACUGUAUUGUACAAAGACGUAAUUCUUAGCAUAAACCCUCAAACUUAUUCAGUGGGAAUGGUUAGUUGGUUUCCAAUUGUAUUUCCCCUACCUGAACCAGUUCAAGUAUCAAAAGGUGAAACGAUUGAAGUGGCCUUUUGGAGAUCUCAGAAUGAAGAAAAAGUUUGGUAUCAAUGGUGUUUGCUAUCACCCCACAAGGGAUCAAUUAUAAAUCCAAAUGGAAGAUCUUACUUUAUUAAAAAACAUUAAUAAAUAAUUCUUUAUAACUUUUUUGAAUAAACUUUUUUCUUUUA